CGGCCAACCCCCUGGGACAGCGCGUCGGCACACGGUCUGCCGCACGGGGCGAGGAUCGCACGCCCAGGCGAAAUCUGAUGCAGGCGAGGAUCCCACGCCGCCGAGGGAUGAGGAAAGAGAAAGAGAGAGAGACGGAAUGACAGAGAGAGGGGUAGGGAGAAGGACCGAACAGCUCAGAAUGCAAGAUACUCAGAAUGCAAGAUACCGAGGCGUGCCAGGGCGCCGCGCUACAUGAAUUGGUUGCACUGGCUGCGUGGAGGUGUCAUGACGGCGUUCGCCUCCAGUCGCCAUCUAAAUUCAGACACGUCCAUCGCGGAGGGGGAGACGGAUAAGACCAUGGGGGUUGAGGAGGAAGAGGGCGAAAAGGAGCAGGAGGCGCGAGAGGAGGAGGAUGAAGAGAAACUGAGACUAGCUCUGCCGACUCCGCUUGCUAGGAGUGGCCAGGCGCGUGAAACAUUUGGCUGUCUCACGUCGUCGUUCGAACCGUCCAACAGCUCCACACCAAGCCGCCGUCCCUGGGAUGCACCUACUGUGCCCCCCCUCCUCCUCCUCCACGACGAAGGAGGGAGGAGUGAGGAGGGAAGGGGGAGAGGGGAAUGGCAGGACGAGGAGGAGGAGCAGCAGGAG